AUGACAGUCGACCCCCCCAGUAACCCAAGUGCUCCUAAAGACCCACGCACGUCAAUCACCAGUGCUCCCGAGGACUUCGGCGAACUGGCCCCUUUCGUUUUCGUUCGAUGCGACCAUGAACGUCGAGUGGGCGACCGACUGGCCCGAUACGACCAAGGGAUCGAUAUCCCUCUUCCUCGCAACCACUCCGAUGUGGUCAGGACUCGAGCUGCAAAGUCGGCCGAAGGCAGACGACGCGUAGCGCUGCAUUCGUCGGAGGAAGCCACCAGACCCUUCUCCCGCCUCAAUCGGGAGAAGACGACUCACCUCUUGAUGGCGAGGGAGCAGAGAAGCCGGCGGGAGGUGGAAAAGGCGAGGAACGCGUCCCUCAGUGAUCGAGGCAUCGACGACACGUUAGCACAGGAGAUUCGAGGUCUUAAUGCGCUGGAGCAAGCUCGGCACCCCCGUCUGCAGGCCGUGCCGUUGUUGUCGAGGUCGGCGUCUAGCGCGGGAUCGAAGCAGGGACGGAGUCGCCGCGAGAUGGCGCGCAUCACCGAUGCCUUCGGGUUAGUCGAGGAUGACGACCACCGAGCGGCCGUGGUCAGAGUGCAGGGCGAAGCAUUGGACGAUGCCUGGAUAGCCCUUCUCGGCAGCACCUUGGAGAACAACCACAAGAUUCACACCUUGUUGCUCAACCGAAAUUCCAUCGGAGACCAGGGCGUGGCGUUGCUGGCGAGAUCCCUUCGCGUCAACGACUCGGUGGAAACCCUUUCUUUGGGCGGCAACCGCGUGACGGACGAGGGGGCCCGGAGGCUGGCAGGCUUGUUGAAGAGCGGUCGGUGUUCGCUGAAGGCGCUCAACCUUGCAGGAGCCACCCCGCGCCCUGCCAGCAUCAUGCAGAGUGGGUCCGGGAUCCAGGAAGACCUGGCCGACAAGUGCAUCCGUGCGCCGGGGGCCGCGGCGCUAGCACUAGCUCUCUGGGAGCCCGUCCCUCGCAGCGGUGUUUGUUCUCUCCUUAGCCUUAACCUCGCCUUCCAGAGGUAUGCCGGCUGCAGCUGUCGAUGGCGCCGCCAUUGUCGUGAUUGUUGCGGUUAG